AUGCUUCCUCAAUCCAGCACCAUCGAAUUGAAGGAUGACACUGUCAUCGUGGUGCUCGGUGCAUCUGGCGACCUCGCCAAGAAGAAGACUUUCCCCGCACUCUUUGGCCUCUUCCGCAACAAAUUCCUCCCCAAGGACAUCAAGAUCGUCGGAUAUGCGCGGACGAAGAUGGACCACGAAGAAUUCAUGAAGCGCGUGCGCUCGUAUAUCAAGGUUCCCACAAAGGAGAUUGAGGAGCAAUUAGAUCAGUUCUGCCAGCUUUGCACCUAUGUGUCGGGCCAGUACGACCAGGAUGACUCGUUCAUCAACCUCAACAAGCACCUCGAGGAGGUUGAGCAGAGCCGUCAAGGAAAGGAGCAGAAUCGUGUCUUCUACAUGGCUCUGCCCCCCAGUGUUUUCAUUACUGUUUCCGAGCAAUUGAAGCGCAACUGCUACCCCAAGAAGGGCCUUGCCCGUAUCAUUGUUGAGAAGCCGUUCGGCAAGGAUCUUCAGAGCUCCCGCGAUCUGCAGAAGGCUCUGGAACCUAAUUGGAAAGAGGAGGAGAUUUUCCGUAUUGACCACUACCUCGGUAAGGAGAUGGUCAAGAACAUCCUCAUUCUGCGAUUCGGCAACGAAUUCUUCAACGCUACAUGGAACCGUCACCACAUCGAUAAUGUCCAGAUCACAUUUAAGGAGCCUUUCGGCACUGAGGGCCGUGGUGGUUAUUUCGACGAGUUUGGCAUCAUCCGUGAUGUCAUGCAGAACCACCUUCUGCAGGUCCUGACUCUGCUCGCCAUGGAGCGCCCUAUUUCCUUCUCUUCCGAGGACAUCCGUGACGAGAAGGUCCGUGUUUUGCGUGCCAUGGAUGCCAUUGAGCCCAAGAACGUCAUCAUUGGACAGUACGGUCGUUCGCUGGACGGCAGCAAGCCUGGUUAUUUGGAGGACGACACUGUGCCCAAGGACUCGCGCUGCCCGACCUUCUGCGCCCUGGUUGCCUAUAUUAAGAACGAGCGUUGGGAUGGCGUUCCCUUCAUCCUCAAGGCCGGCAAGGCCCUGAACGAGCAGAAGACCGAGGUCCGCAUUCAGUUCAAGGAUGUCACCUCUGGCAUUUUCAAGGAUAUUCCUCGUAACGAGCUGGUCAUCCGUGUCCAGCCCAACGAGUCCGUCUACAUCAAGAUGAACUCCAAGCUGCCCGGUCUCUCCAUGCAGACGGUGGUGACUGAGCUGGAUUUGACCUACCGCCGCCGCUUCUCCGACCUCAAGAUUCCCGAGGCUUACGAGUCCCUGAUCUUGGAUGCCUUCAAGGGCGACCACUCCAACUUUGUCCGUGAUGACGAGCUGGAUGCCUCUUGGCGCAUGUUCUCCCCACUGCUGCACUAUCUCGACGACAACAAGGAGAUUAUCCCCAUGGAAUACCCCUACGGAUCUCGUGGCCCUGCUGUGCUCGACGACUUCACUGCCUCCUACGGCUACAAGUUCAGCGAUGCCGCUGGCUACCAGUGGCCCGUGACCACCUCCGCUCCUAACCGACUGUAG